GAGUGGCUCUCUUCUUGACCCACUUUUCAUUAAUUAAUACUUCAGAAAAAAACCAUGGCCCCAGAAACUGUGCAGAAUGAAGGCAGCAAUGGCGAACGCUGUCACACUCUCUAGCUCAACAAUUUGGCACCACUAUACAAAACCCACUUCAAGAAUCAACCUCAAUUUCAAAAUUGGAGCAUCAUAUUCCACCUCAGCUAAUAUGGCUACUGGCACCACAACAAAAGUAGCUCCUGCAAUCAUAGUCGGAGGUGGACGUGUGGGCAAAGCUUUACAAGAUUUGGGUAAUGGAGAUGAUGUUUUGGUUAAAAGGGGUGAACCUGUACCUAUUGAUUUUGCUGGUCCAAUAUUGGUUUGCACUAGGAAUGAUGAUCUUGAAGCAGUACUUGAAGCUACUCCUAAAUCUCGUUGGAGCGAUUUGGUAUUUUUCCAGAAUGGAAUGCUGGAGCCUUGGUUCCAAAGUAAAGGUCUCGGUGAUGCAGACCAAGUUUUGGCAUAUUUUGCAGUAUCAAAGCUUGGUGAACCUCCUACUGAUGGGAAAACUGAUACCAAUCCAGAAGGAUUGACUGCAGCUUAUGGAAAAUGGGCAUCUGCAGUGGCUGCAAGAUUACAGGCUGGUGGACUCUCUUGCAAGGUACUUGAGAAGGAGCCUUUUCAGAAGCAAAUGUUGGAGAAGCUUAUAUGGAUAUGUGCUUUCAUGCUUGUUGGAGCUCGUCAUCCUGGAGCAACAGUAGGAGCUGUUGAAAAAGAGUAUCGCUCUGAGGUGUCUCAACUGAUCGCUGAGCUUGCAGCUGCAGCAGCUGCAGAGAAAGGUCUAGUUUUUGAGGAAGCGAUGGAGGAUAGGCUGUGCGCUUACUCCCGAGCGGUUGCACACUUUCCAACAGCUGUCAAGGAGUUCAAAUGGAGAAACGGAUGGUUCUAUUCACUCUCUGAGAAGGCAAUCGCAGAAGGGAAACCAGAUCCAUGCCCAUUACACACUGCAUGGCUUAAAGAACUAAAAAUAGUCUAAGGUAUAAAGUGUACUUGGUAUAUCAUAUAGUUUUUAGAGGCCCUCUGUUUCUUUUGGAGGAUGUAGAUGAGAGCUGCUGUAUCAUUUCAUUGUAAUGUGGAAGUCUUACUCCUAUUUCAUGUUGGAUUCAUCUUAUUUUUCUGCCUUCAUUGGUGGAAAAGCUUCUUGUUAUGUGACUUGAGUCACGUAGGAUAACCAGCGCUUAUGUAAAUUGUUUGACGUGCUAGAUGAAUCUGAGGUAUUAAAAAUAUAUUGUGUAAAACUAUCCAUUAUUUAUCCCAUCUCCGGUUCGUUUAA